ACACAGUCUGACACACACAGUCUGACACACACAGUGACAGCGGAGCUGGAUCAGAGAGCAGCAGCCGUCGGUCUGAAGGACUCUGAAGACUCAGACUCGUCUCCAGGUUUGGAUCCCAGACUAGAAGGACAUCCAGGGUCUCUAGGCAACCAUCAGCUUUCUCUCAUCACCCUGUUCUCUGCUUCCUAAACUCUGAUUGGCUGGAAUGACCAACAGGGUAAUGAACUCUUGUGACCCCACAGUGGGCGGAGCUCCUGAGGUGGAGGCAGCAUCUUUACAGGUGUUUCCAGAAUCAAAGGACCGUGCUCCAAAACUCUCCAGGCGGCUCCCUUCCAUCGUGGUGGAGCCGACAGACUCAGGUGAUGUGGAGAGCGGGGAGCUCCGCUGGCCCCCGGAUGAUGAUCGCGGUGACGUCACACAGCGCCAUCAGCAGCGGGCAGGCCGACCUAUGGAGGGGGAGGAGCCUCAGGAGCAGGUGAUGGGCGGGGUCUAACAUGAAGAGGCGGAGCCUGACCGGAGAUCAGCGCUGAGCUCUGAUUGAGCCUCACAGCAACAACCACGGACUCAACCUUCACGCAUUUUUUCAUUCUUUUAUGGAUUUUCUGGAGAACUUAAUCUGAUCGUUAAAAUCCUCGAUUAAAGAUCAGAUCAGACAGAAGCUGCUGCUCCUUCUGUCCUCCUGGUUUAAACGGAUUAUUUUAUUUUUAUGAGCUCCUUCCUGAAUGUCUGUUCAUUCUUCAUCUUGGUACCAGAACUCCCAGCCAUGCCUUGGUUCCUUUCACAGCUCCUCUGGAUUAUUAAUCUCCACAUGCCUUCAUUAAGUCAAUAAUCCUCUGGAUUAUUAAUCUCCACAUGCCUUCAUUAAGUCAAUAAUCCUCUG